ACAGCAGAGGAAAUCUGAGCCUGCGUCCAGCAUCACCUCCAUGUAUAGGCGUUACUCGAUACCAUAAACCUCGAUGUCUUUAAUUAACUUCGUUUCAAUGUGUCGUAACGAUAGUGGUUUAUUUAUUUAGGCUAAUCGUACAAGGCGAGUCGUUGGUGUUUUGUUUAUUUUCCGCUCGGAAGAACCUAUCUAUUAUUUUUCGGCUCGCAUCCUUUAUGCACAGCACGCUGCUCCAGCCUUUCAAGACAACACAGACAUCCGUGUCAGAACAGCAUGGCUUCCAGCAGUCGUGCUUACUGAGCGAGAUGGAUGCGAGCAAGCACUCGAUCAAAAGCCUGAAGAGCUAUCCCGAGGCUGGGGGCCGGAGUCUAGCCGCGGCAGCGGGCGGGGACGGCGGAGGUGGAGGGUACCGAGUCGGCGGCGCGGAGAUGGAUAUGGAGGCGAAAAUACAGAAAGCGAUCGACUUCAAACUGGAGGGUCACCGCUGCUACAAGGAAAAGAAAUUCCGGGAAGCUAUUGGGAAGUAUCACAGGGCACUGCUGCAACUGAAAGGGGUCCAUGUCGUCGACGGGACCACUGGAUCCGAGGUGAACCUCCUGAAUCAGGCGGCGGCCAAGCUGACAGAAGAGCAGCGGCGAGCCGUGGAGAGCACCGAGAUUGAAUGCUACGACAGCCUGACAGCAUGCUUGCUGCAGUCGGAACUGGUGAAUUAUGAGCGAGUUAAGGAAUACUGUUUGAAGGUACUGGGACACCAGCAGGAUCAUUUUAAGGCCAUGUACCGUGCUGGGAUUGCCUUCUACCACUUGGGAGAUUACGAGUGUGCCCUGCGUUACCUACGCGACGCUAAAUGCCGUGAACCCACAGACACAAACGUACUGCGAUACAUCCAACUGACAGAGAUGAAGAUGAGUAAGACCGGUCAGCAGGUGCGUGAGAGCGGGAAAGAGUCGCUGGGUUAACUCCGACCGCACCCCGCACCGCCCCCAUAUGCCACGCCCAAACCCUGAUAGAAAAGCUCUUUUUCUGAGUCUCUCCCCUUUUCCCAAAAUGCCCAUCAUUCUUUGGACAACCAGGAUAUACGUGUACUGUGUCCCCUCUGAAAGAAGACUUGAAACGGGCACAGCUACAGCACAGAACCCCAUAACUGUCUUUUCUCGCUUUGAGGUAUCUCUGUCCCUUUAAAUCCGACUUCCCCGGUGCUUUUAAUUUCCCAGGUAUCAUGAAUCUGACUGACGAACAAUUAUGAAAAAGAUAGAAAUGCUGUAUAAUAAUUAAACAAACAAUGGGGGCCUGACAUAACCAUUUAAAAUUACAUUAUCAUGUAAGGAUAUCAAAUAAUGUGCAUAAUGUAUUUUAUAGAAUGCAAAAUGGAUAAUGCAGGAAGGUUAAACUGUGGAUGAGGUACUGUGUUUCUUAUAGGUAGAGAAAGCACAUUUAUCAAAGCCACAUUGCAAGUGCAGAUGUUAAAGGUCAAUGAAUAGGCUAGUGACCAUUGAACUCACUUUGAUCCAUUAAGAGACACUUCUCUCUGCUCAGUAAAGAAGAGAUGGAGGGAGGUCAAAGUUUCAGAUCUCAAUUCAUAUCCGCCUACAAUGCCUGUUAUUUUCUGCUUCCUUCUUUUUCUCGUUCUUGCAUUUGGGCAUAUCUCAAUCAAUUUUGAACUGUUUCAAUUUAAGGGCUAAUUCAAGUGUUUGUAAUUUGUCCUUUAAUAUUUUGUUUCCUUUUCGGUUUGCUAUUUGUUGAAUGGUACUAUAGUGGUUUACGCGAGUUGUCAUCGUUCCCAUUUUCAAAGGAACAAAAUCCUCUGUACUAGUGUUAGCGAGUGUUUUGUGAAAUAUGUUGUCCAUUUUUCUUGACAUAUGUUGUAAAGUUGAACCGUCUCAUAGCCCCUCCCCCCAAGAAAUGCGAGCACCUGAUGAUGUCACAAUCUAAAUAUUAAUAACUUAUAUAUCUAACUAAUGGAGCCAUAUUUGCUAUGUGUUUUUAUAAGGUCGACAUUAUCUAAAGCACUUGGCAGAGAUCUGAUAUACUUAAGCAAGAAUUUACAUAUUUAUCCACCCUAAAUCAUCAGUGUUACAAAUAGCAGUACAUAAAGGACAAAAAAUGCUUAAACAGGGAGAAAUGUAGUAAGGAUAACCAUUAAUGUUUUUUGGAAAGCAUUACUGUUUGUCCUUCUCCUAGCACUAUUCUUUAAAGUCUAUUCUUAGCUUUGUGAUGAAUAAAACUCACUGAUGAUGUUUGCUUCAUCGAAGAAGCAUCUCCGGUGGAUUCAUUACAGUGUGCAGAUGCCUUUGACACCACAUAUUAUUCUGAGUCUAGUUUAGAUGAAUCUUUGAAGAGAUGGGGACAGGCAGAUGAAAUUAUCCAUCUGACCUAAUAUAAAACAGAUUUAAUCGUGUCAGUGGACCUCUGGGGAUGUUGUGCCAUGGAUUCAGAUGGGAAGACACAGAAUUCAGAGCUGAAACGCAACAGCAUGCCAUACAAAGCAAUGGACGUUACUGUAAGGAAUGUGGUGAUAAAAUUGGUGUCUUUAAGGAGCACUCAGUAAUUUUAUAUAUUCUUUUUUGUUAUUUUAUAUUAAAAUAAAGAGUACAACAGUCGUGUGAAUUUGCAUUAGCCACUACAUUCGUAGAGGGUUCCAUUUGUCAUUUUAGGUCUCAGAAUGGUACAUGACCAGCAGCAAAUACAAAAGCUAUACAAACAGAAUAGAAAACAAAUAUUAAAUGCACAAGUAAUCAGCUAACUUCAUGCAUCUGUUCCUAUAGGUGGCAUGAAAAAGUCCAAGAAAAUCAUGCUGAGUGCACCUUUAACAGCAACUAUUGAUAAUGUAGUUAAGUACAGAUUGACGUAAGAAAGCAUGUUUUCUCUUUCUGUGCCAUUCUGACAUGUUCUUCCACUUCAGCUCUGUCUCUUGUCUCUUCGGUUUCAUGUGCAUUUCUCUCUCUUUGCUAUGUUCUUUUAAUUUCUGUAAAUUUCGUCCUUACCGGAGCAAUGCUGAUGUCCUGUAUGGAAUCUCUGUCAUCAUCUUUCAGCUGCGCUCCAUAUGUCCCCAUGUGCUGGAUCUCUUUCUGCACUGAUGCAGAAACAUCAAAUCAGACUGUUGUCAACAGACAACAACAAAAGCACAAACUGGUUCAUGGACAAGCAAAUUAACUUAACUGUACUUUACUUUUCUUGGAUGUCACUUGAGGUAUGUGUUUGUUGAAUGUCAAAGUAGACUUGUGCAGACAUUAAAAUGGUUGUCGAGAGCUUUACUUUUAUUAAAAUGUUUUUAUGGAUAUGUCAGAGAGCAAACUGAGAAGGAUAAAUAAAAGAGAUUUAUGGAAAAUAUAUAAAAGUUGUGAGGGGCAGCUUUGUACCUGUGUA